AUUGUUGAUCAAUUAUUUGUGAUGCUUCACAACAAUAAUGUUGGCCUAUAAACUACAGCUGGCCGCACGUCAUUCAUGAUUAGUGCGUAAUUAUGCAAGUAUUGUUGCUAGCUUCGGAAACAGAACGUAGAUGAUGUGAAUAUCAAGAGAUUCCAGUUGGAGCUAGGUAGAGGUGUGGUGGACCUUCAUGGAUCUACGUUGGAUGGUUGAAAUAGAAAGAAAAGUUGGAGAAAUAACCGAAGGCCAUGUCGAGAAAUUUCUACGCAGUGAACGGAGAUACAUGUAUUCCUUUUGAAGCUGGUGAUAACAAGGCCAGCGGGGAUGACUGGAAGUAUGUGAGGAAUAAUUCUGAUGGGAACGUUGUUGGACAGAAUAUCAUCUUGGAAGAUAAUUUCUCGGUUUUUCCAAAAAAGAAGGUGCUAUACAAAGUCACCGUAACAGAGCAAUCACUAACAUGCUCAGUUCCGCUCAUAGAGCUCUUGCCAUAUGACAGCAAUGGAAAAGGAUCCAACAGCAACGCAACUCGGCGAAGUAGGCCUAGUUACUCAUCAGUGCCGCCUCAAAUUGAAUUCAAGGAUGUGAUUGGCUGUCACGUGAUGAAGGGAAAAGAUUCGGAUGAUAAAAGUGCUUAUUUUUGUAUCUAUCACUAUCCACAUAAAAAGAAGAUGCUUGCCAAAAAGUCCUCGCGGAGAAGACAUACGAUGACGUUUUUGGUCAACCAAGCAAACACGUAUGAAGAAAAUAAUGUCAUUGCUGAGCAUUGGAAAAAAAUUAUUGUGUGCCUGUCAAAAGGAUUAGAAAUUCAUAAUCUCUCCAGCUGGAACCUUCCUCAAAACAAGAAAUACCUCAUUUUCGUGAAUCCGUUUAGCGGAACACGUAAGGCAUUGACAAUGUACAAGGAAACUGUGGCGCCGAUCCUGAGUGAAGCAGAAGUGUGCUAUGAUCUCGUUGUGACAGAUUAUCCGAACCAUGCUCGUGACAUGAUGACAACAUUGGACUUGACUGUCUACAAGGGCAUUAUCAUCGUCUCCGGAGAUGGACUGAUAUUUGAGGUGCUAAACGGCCUCAUGAUGAGGAAUGACUGGGAGGAGGCAGUUAAGAUACCAAUAGGAGCUAUCCCUGGUGGGUCCGGCAAUGCUCUAUGUUGUGCUAUUAAUCAUGCAGCAGGUGAGCCAUUCCUGGAGAACUGGGCGCUACAUUCUGCCUAUAUCCUGAUCAAACACCAAAUCGUUCCAAUGGAUCUCGUUGCCAUCGACACUGCAAAGCGGCGCAUAUACUCAUUCCUGUCGAUCUCGUGGGGAAUUAUGGCAGACGUCGAUAUUGAGAGUGAAAAGUACCGUAGACUAGGGCCGGUCAGAUUCACCAUCGGGGGACUUACUAGAAUAUUUAAUCUGCGGACAUAUCGUGGGCGUUUAUCCUUCUUACCCAUUGAUGAGUACGUCCCUAGAAGACCUCAAUCAAGGGCUAAAAAUCGUCGACCACCUGGACGAAGUGCAUCCAUGUACGAACCAGAACUUGAAGAUUUGGGAGGCAAUGAACAAAGACGAACAAUGUCAUCAUCAGAGACUUUCUCCACUUUCGAUGAUCAGCAACGGAAAAUCACACACAGUGAUUCCAUAUUGGAUGACUCUAUUCAGGCUGCACUUGAUGAACAGCUGAUGAACUUGUCCGUCAGUCUUGACGACUCUAAAACUCAGGUUGAAGACAUCAAUUGUAACAACUCGUUAAAGUCGAAUGAGUUUCAUGAUGACAGUGACAUGAUUCUAGAAUCUUAUGCAGAGACUGUGCCAACGCCUUUGUUACCAGCAAGGGACCAAGAACCGCCCAGCAACUGGGUCAAGAUAGAAGACGACUUCGUUAUGGUUUUAGCUGCUUAUCAGACACAUCUUGGAAAGGAUGUUUUCGCUGCCCCAGGUUGUAAAUUUGAUGAUGGGUGUAUUCAUCUAUCGUUUGUCCGUAAGGGUGCGUCCCGUGGUGUUUUGUUUGGGUUGAUGUCAGCACUUGAAACCGGGGCUCAAUUAGAAUCGCCUUACUACGAGUCGGUUCGUGUUUCCGCUUUUCGGUUAGAGCCGCUGACACCAGGUGGCAUCAUAGCUGUCGAUGGGGAGGUGGUGGAUUAUGGGACCAUUCAGGCGCAGAUUUUGCCGUCCGCUGCAAGACUUAUGGCGAUCCCUGGUGGGAACUGACAACAAUAAAGCUAAAAAUACUUAUCUCACAAUUUAAAACCCAGGACUUGGUUUGGAAAAACCUGAAGAACUUAAGUGUUUUCAUUGUUAUCUAAGCUCUAACUCUGUUCUUGGAUGGGGUAUAUAAUUGUAACUGUUUAACAUUCCUACUCUGCACUUUAUAUUUACAAAUACAUCUUGGAGCAGAAACUGAGUCUAUCUAAUAUAGGUUUGUCAUUUUACAGAUGUAUACAUGAUACUAUCAGUAGAAGGCAUACCGUGUUGAAUUCAAUUCCAUGCAUUCAAAUUACUUAAGAUAUGUGAUAACGCCCCUUUGUCAUGCGUCUUGCCUGGACAGCUUAGUGAAGUUGACGUUUUUUCAACUAUUGCUGGUUCUCUUUAUCUUGAGUGUAGACAUGUACUGAAGUACAGACAUACAUCCAGUAUACAACAUCUUUGCCAACCAUGUCACGAUAUGCAAUGUACAGAGUAUUCCUAUUUUUAUCAUGACAUUUUGCCUUAUUCCAAAUGGUGCCAUACAAUGACAGCUUCCAAUAAAUUCGUGAAAGGGCCGUACUGGCAACUUGGGUGAAAAUGAAUGAUGGUCAAAUGCUGUGUAUUAUAAUGGGUUGAUCUCAAUAUUCAGUGCGAUUUACUAUUAGUAUUUCUAAAUAUACACCAUUGACAAAACCAGAUUGAGCAUAACCCCCAAUUGCAUCUAAAUUCCAUGUUCAUUCUCAACAUCUUUUAAAGUAUUCAAUUUCCAGCAAUCAAUUUAUACCAGAUAAGUUACAGUUAUCAUCGAGCAUAGAAUCUAUGAUUUGUUAAUGCUAGUUGUAGGAAUGCCAACCAAGCACAUCUUCGAAAUGGAUACUGCAUGCUACCAUUCUUUUUUUUAUAUGCGUAGACUUCUCACAGUGAAUCCAGUCCAUUGUUGAACCUAAACAGAUCUCGUUUAUGUUAUUUCCAGUAUUAACAAUUGUGAUUUGAAACGUCUUAUUACAAUGUAAAAACUUUUGUAAAUAUUCUUCUUUCUGUCAGUUAUGUUUUGAAUACUGUCUUGUUAAUUUCAGAGAUUUGAAUGUGCUUGUGAAUUUAUUUAUUCUAACAUGUUGAACAAAAUUUUGUGUCGCCACUCUGGGGUUCAAUAAAGGUCCAAAUGUUAUGACCUAAAGUGUCGAUCAUCACCAAGGAGAAUUUUCAGGUUUCAAACUAAAGUAAUUGACUGACUUUCACCCUUAUGGGCUAGUUUGAUUAGAUCAUAUGAUGACAAUAUAUCAACUUGAUGUACAGCUGAGUGUUAGUACAUGUACUACCCUCUUGCAGUGUUUUCACCCGUUCAAGUCCCUACAUCUACUAAAACUGCUAAAGACGACAGACAUUUAGUGUUAUGAUAGCUUGGUAGAGGGAACAGUUAUGUAUUUCUAUGUGAGCACCAAGUGUGAAAGGGAUUUCAGGACAUAACUUAGAAUCCCCUGUUAGCUUGUUUCCUCCACAGCAAGGACUGCAGGAACACUUUGGAAACCACUUUUCACAGGCAUUUGAUUAAUUUCAAAGUAAAUUAUUUGCUCUGCAUUAACAACUGACCACAAAGCCUGUGGAAUGUGAGAAACAGUUGAAUCCGUCCUUCAGUCUUAAAAGACUGAUUUUCUGUGUAAGAAUGGUGAAACCUACACUGUAAUUGACAAGUUGCAUGUCUUCCAAAGCUGUGGUUGUAGGCUAUGUGACUUGAAUAUGGGCAUGCAGACACCGCAAGAGAAGUAUAAGAGUGUAAAUGUAGCAAAAGCUUUAAUUGUAACCCAGUGGACUAGAUGUGCUAUCAUGUUAUCAUUGUCUUAAAGAUUAAUGAAGUUUAUAGAGGAAUAUGUCGUUGUCAGAUGUUUGACAUCAAUGAUCCUUUAUGGAGGUGUUGAACUUUCUGUUUUUAUUCAGAGUGUUUUUUUCAGAAACUGCUGUAACACUAUAAGAUCAGGUAAUAUCAUAUGACAAUUACUUGAUAAGGUGUCAAUUAGGAUAUCCAUCCAAUAAGUUCAUGUAUUUCUCGAUUUUGGUGGGAACAUUCAUGAGCCAGUUCUGUUCAUGCAGCUUACUUGUAUUAUAUUUUGUUUGUGUGAAUUAUAUUUGAAGAUUUUGGAAACAGGACCAUAUAUUGGUCAGUUCCAUGAGCAAAUGUGCACAACUGAAUCCAGGGAUUGCGGCUGAUGAUUGUAUUAGAACAACUGAGCUCUUUUAAUUGUCUGUCAUAUUGACAUUGGUGAACAAGAAUUACUUUGGAACUUAAAAGUUUCAACAUGAGUGUAUUUGUGUUUUAUAUAUGGUGUGUAAAUGUUUUUAAAUUUGUUUUGUGUGUAGCUGUUGCUUUUUAGCUUAGUUUCUGCAAAUCCGGAUAUAUUUGCGUACUUUAUAUUUUGGCAUUUUUUGCAUUUGCAGAUAAUCAUGAAAAUUUAUGGGGGAAAUUACUGAAAAUGAAAUACAGAAAAAUGGAAUUACUGAUACGCAUUUGUCAAAAUGCUAAAUUUAAAGUGUGCAAAAGUUGCAAUUUUACAAAACCAUGAAAUAGCAUGGCCGCGAAUAUUUCUGGGUGCGCAGUUUCCAAGACUAAGCUCCUUUCAUAUCUUCUGCAGCAUUCCAAAUCAUUGUACCAUUUGCCAACAGUCUGCAGGGUUCUGUACAAUCAUUUGUAACGUUAUCAUAUCACAAGCAGAGCACGAAUGUACUAGUAAUCAAGCUAUGUGACCCAUCUCCGCUAAACUAGGUACAUGUCACACGGAAGACGAGCCUAAAUGACACCAGGAGAUAAUGGAGGAAAUUGAUGUGCUCAGAUUUUACAGAAGACAGACAACAGUGAAAUUAACAACCAGUAUGUCUCAACCUGCCAAGCUCAGUCGAGCAACAUGCGCCUGGUUUUGCUAAGGGUGCCAUAUUUGACUUAACUUGAUAGCCAUUGUCUGUUGACCAACUAUCUGAUCUAAUUGACAUCAUGUGACCUUAUGAUUGACACUGACAUUGAAUCAGUAUUAAAAUUUGAGGAUUAUGCAUUUCAAUUUUAGACUCUGCUUGUGAUAUACUUAUCCCGUGAAAUGUUUGCCAAACUAAAGCUGGCAAAUUACCUUGUGGUACACUACUGUAUUUGCUACCGCAAUUUGAUGGUUAAUGCGUAAGAGUUGAAUCAGAAGGCUUGCAAAAUUUCACAGCUUACCGGGCCGUAUUGACUUAACAAUCUUUAAUCCAAACCAAAUCUGACGAAUUUCUUUGAUUCUCAUUUCAAUAUUCCUACCGCCGCCAUACUUUGAGAAUUCCUGAAAUACAAUCAAGUUUUAUAUGAACAAGUAAUAGAUAUUUGAGGGCUUAGAAGCACAGUGAUUGUUUCAGAAUCUGAUGAUUAUUAUCAUGUGUCAAUACGAAUUGCUUAUUUUUCUAUUGUUGUUUACAUUAUAUAUAAAGAAGUAUGCUUGUGACGCGGUGUUUUCUGACAGUAGUCAUCAAAUGCCUAAUCUUUGUAACAUUCACUUCAAAUCACAUGUUAUAUACUCCAAUUGGGCAUUUUGCAAAUAUCUUAGUGAUUAAUCUGGCUUCUUUGCUGUUUAGUACAUAAUCACCUUUCAUAGUUCUACUUACGUUUUGUUAGCACAAAUUUCUCGAGCGGCCUGAGGAAAUUGGGAGUUAAUAUUCCCUUCUCCAGCCCUGUUUGAGUGCAGGGCCGGAGAAGUGAACAUUAACCCCUGAUUUUUUCAGGAGGGACAAUCCCAAUGAAUUGUUUUUUCACCAUGACUUUAUAGAGUCAUAUUAUCACCAUUGGCGAUAGAUAGGCAGUACAAUUCGACAGCCAGAAUAUUUCCUGGUUUUCUAAUCUCUUCAACCACUUUGCCAUUUCUCGUGCCAUUUCUAGAGACAUUCCAUUUAUUCAUUCAAUAGCUUAGACUUCCUAUUGAUGUUUGAAAAAGAUGAUUUGACCAAUGGGUUAGGGCACAAUCAUUGAGUUUCACAUACCAUUUCACGUACCGUUUUCACAUACCAUUACCGUCACAUACCCUGUCACUCUUAGGGGACAAAUGAUUCAGUUUUGUUAUAGGGGUCAAAGUUCUAUGGUCUCUCCAAGCAUUCACUUUAUCAUUCAUUGACAAUAGACUAGGACUGAUUUUCCAGGUGGAAUAAAUUUGCUUUCAUGCUGGCAAAAUGAAUUGAUACUUAUAGUUGUAGAUCAAGAUGUUUCUGUCUUUAUCAGUAUUCCUAGUAGUCGGCUUGCUUUUCAUACAGUCAUUAUAUGAGAAUUUAUAACAUAUGUUACGAUUUUAGGGAGUUUAUAACAUAGUAGGGUUUAGGGGAGUUCAUCCUUAGUAAAAUUGAUUGAUUAUAGAGACUCUUAGUCUUGCCUCUCCAUUGCUCUUUCGAUGAUCAUAUAUUAGUUACUUCAUAUUAUCCAAGUAUUAUUUAAUUUAUUCAAUGUCUUUUACGAUUUAUUUAUCUAGAUGAGCACAUCUUUCACGCAGAAAUUUCCAGUAGAAAUAUAUUGCCGUUUUGGUGAAUGUGUGUGCUGGCAUUCUCCACUUUCCCUUGUUUUGGGGAGUUUUUGACCUUAUGAAAAAUUCUCACAGUUGCAGCGCAUCAGAUCAUAGUAAUUUUACAACCAAUAUCAGAAAUUAGUGAUUUGAAAAGUAUUGAUUAUCUAAAUGAUACAAAGUUGUCAUACUGACAUUGACAAUUUUCAAACAGAAACUGCUUUAAAUGUCUGCUAAAAUGUGAGUUUUUCCCCUUGUGAGUAGCCAAGAAUUGUUUUUUGUCCUGAAAUAAUGUAUUUCAAGCACAAUUUUGUAACAGAAUUUGUUGAAAUUAUUUCUACUCCAGUAUUACCUACACCAUUGUACAAUAUCUCGAUACUUAGGCUGUGUGCUGAUUUGCAUAAAUAAAAUGAUUUGCCAAAAAA